CGCCUUCUAUUCUUUGUUUUGGGUUUCUUUUGGUGGAAGAAUGCUUGUCACCUACUCCUCUUAGUUCCCACUCGCUCUCACUCUCCCCUCUUUGAGUGAAGAAGAAGAGCUAUCAGCAAAGCAAUUUUGUAAUGGAGUAGAGGGAGAAGAAAGAGAAAUAGCUGAAUCUACCCUAUCUCUUUCUUCGAUCUCUCUGCUUCUUGGACAUGGAGAGGCAUGUUUGCAAGCUCUGUGACCGAAGCUUUUCCAAUGGCCGCGCGCUUGGCGGCCACAUGCGCUCUCACGUUGUGGCUGUCGCGGCUGCCGCCGCGGCCUCGGUGAAAUCGCUUCUUUCCGACUACUCAUCUUCCUCAACUUCCUCCCGCGAAGCAGAGGAGGCGAAAGGGCUGGGCUACGGCCUUCGAGAGAAUCCUAAAAAAAGCUUCCGCAUGGUCGAUCCGGAGUUCUCGUCAUCAGUUGUUCAGGACCGAGAAAGCGAAACGGAGUCCUCCCCUAUCACAAUCAAUCGACGCCGCAAAAAGCGACCGGCUCCGGAGCUACCGGAGACUGAACUGCUUAGCUCUGUCUCCGACACCACGCCGGAGGAGGACGUUGCCAUCAGCCUAAUGUUGCUGUCUCGUGAUGUUUGGAGCAAGGAUGAGGAAGUGAACAAAGCAGAUGAAAGAGUAGAGGAGAUGAUGAUGAUUGACUUAAAGCCGCGGUCUUUGCAAGCGAAGGGGCGAAGCCGAUUCCAGUGCGGCACUUGCAAGAAGGUAUUCCGGUCAUACCAAGCUCUCGGCGGGCAUCGCGCUAGUCACAAGAAGUCGCGGAGCUGUGUCCCGCCGAUCCAUGUUGAAGGCUCGACGGAAGCCAAUGCCGACGCCGACGGAAAAAGCGUUCAUGUUUGCCCAAUCUGCUUCCGAGAGUUCGGCUGUGGUCAAGCCCUCGGCGGGCACAAAAGAUCCCACCUUUCGUCUUCGACGACCGCCAUUACCAUCACUUCGCAGCCACGCCCUGCUAAGCUUAGCGAGAGCUUAUUUGAUCUCAAUCUCCCCGCUCCAUUAGAAGAUGCUGCAGAGCUCUCCGCCGUCUCCGAAGCUGAGUUCAUGACUUCCGGUCUUGCUUGAACUGAAGAAACCGACUUCGUUUGCCGUUCUCGAGGUAAGGUUCGAUGACUGUAACUGACUCUGAAAACAAUGAAAUCGCACUGAAAAGAAUUCAUCUGGAAAGCUGUUGAUUUUGCUUGUUCGUUUGUAUCCAAAGUUUCCGCUUACUCUCUGCUUUCUUUUACUCUUCUCGGA